AUGCAUCACGUGCACUACUACGUGGGUUACAAUCAGACAGUAAUGACAACGUUGGUUACGGACGAUAUUCGCGACGAUGGUCAACGUGGCAGUGCUUUGGAUGAUGAAGAAUCUUCAUCUCCGCCACCGUAUCCUGGUCUAUUUUUCAAAUUUGGCACAGGUCUUCUGCCGGAACAACGCGACAGUGACAAUAAUUGUAAUAUAAUCAAGAAUGACAUGUGCUUAUAA